GUGACGUUAAUAGUCAAAGCUAAUAACACUGGUUUAAGAAUUAUUUGAAAUUUUGAAAUAGACUUAUAAUUUUAACCAUUUAACUUAUAAUACAUCUCUAUAGAAUGGGAAAUACCGUCUCAAAGGUUUUAGAUGUAACAGCCAGAGUUGUGUGUGUAGCCACAAAUGGAGCAUUAGGCAAAUCUGAUAAAGGAUAUCAUCUAGGACCACUUCGUUUCUCUUCGAAUUCGAUAGGACUUGAAUUCAGAUUAGGACCAUUGCAUGCUGGUGUGUUCAUGACAAGGCGCGAAUCAAAUUGGGGGUGUAGUGCAGACAUUGGACUUGGUUAUGAUGGAGGCGAAGCUGGUAUAUCAGUUGACCUUGAUUCUAAAGAAUUUAAUGUUCGACCACGACUCGCAGUGAAUGUUGGAUAUGCACAAAUAAAAGCGAGUGUAGAAAUAGAUAACAAUUUGAAAUUUUCGAAACAAUUUGUUGAUGUUUCGGUUGGUCGAAAAGCAAAAAUUUCAACAAAAUUGUCAAACUUUGAUUCACCGAAAUGCGAAAUAGGUGUAGGUUUUGAUUUGCCAAGGGUUGGCGAAGCAAACAUAAAUGUCAACCAGAAAGCUGAGCUGAGUGGAAGUAUGUAUGCGAAUGCAGGAAUAGAACAUGACGGUUAUCAAGUAAGACCUGGGUUCCGAUAUGAAAACGGUACAUUCGAGCCUAAUGUUGUCGUACGCCACGUUGAAAGACAGGAGAACAACUAUCCCAAAGCCAAGCCUGGAAACGCAACAAAAGCAAAAAGAAACGAUUCAGCUGACGACAAAAGUUCAAAACCAGAGCCGACCUCUAAUCAGGAUGGUUUAUCUAAGCCGAAUCCUAGUCACAUCAAAACAUCAGAAUUAAGAAGACGAACACGAAACACUGAAGAAAAAUCCACAAAACUAAAUCGACAAACGCCACAAGAAGCUAAUCAAGCGAAACCAGUUGCUCUCUCAAAACAAAAAUCGCACCCUACGAAAAAAAGGGCUCAAAGUGAAAACCGAAGUGGUUUGCAAUCGAGGUAUCAGUCAAAUACAAAAUCGUCAGAAAGAAAAGAUUGUGAAUUGUGUAUAAUAUGCGGAAGGGCUGACUGCCCAGAGAAAACAACUUAGCUCAUUGUGUUUGCGUGUUGCGUAUUCGUUUGUUCCUUAGAAUCAUUAAUAUUUCGUUAUCUAUUUUUGUAAUAGUAUUCACACACAAGUAAAAACGCAGUUUACUCUUGUUUUCCUGACCGUUUUAGGGCGGUUUCUACAUCAUUUAUUGAUUAUAUCUGUACGGUAUGUUUCUCUCGUUUAUCAUAGCUCUGUGCCUUUACCGUCUUCUUACGUGUUUUGGUCAUUGGGAUUGUCUUUGUAUCUUGCAUUACAUUAUAUGAAAACAGUUGCAUUGCGUAAGAAAUGAAAUAAAAGUUAUAGUAUACUAGUAUAUUAUCUGUUUGCGUUCCGCAUAGGAAAGUACGUCCCGAGGGCACGCGCGGUUAGCCGGUCAGGAGGCUUACUGUGUGACCGGCUCCGCAACGUGCCCGAGGCCCUGGAUUAUCCGAUCCGAAACGCAAACACAUGAAUGAUAUUUUUCUUGAAUGCCGUACUGAGACUUAUAGUUAUUUAUAUAUCGUAGGUUAUUAAUUGAAUACGUAUUAUAUUCAUUCUUUCAUUCAUUAAUUCAUUCACUCACUCACUCACUCACUCACUCACUCACUCACUCACUCACUCACUCACUCACUCACUCAUUUAUUCAUUUAUGCAUACAUGAAAGGAUGGUAUAUGUGAUUUGGCAAACAUACGCAACAUGAACUCGUCAGUAGUUCAGAACAUAAUUGCAUGACAAUAUUUAAUUGAUAACAACAGUUCAUUUAGUCACAAAAAUAAUUGUGUAACAACAAAAGUAUUACAAAUUUAACAAACCUUGUUUUAAUCACUGUUGACCUCAUUUCAAUAAACAUCGCGUUAUAUAAAAAAAUAAAAAGUGCGAUUUAAUACCGAAUGAAUUUAAAAAAACAACAACGUCGUUUUAAAAGAAUUUCAGGAUUAAAUAUUUAUCAUAUUGAUGUACUGUAACUUGGGAAGUGCCACCAGUAAUGUUUAAGUAGACAACAGCGACAGAAAAUACACGUUGUUGGAUACUAAGGUAGUGGAAUCGAGAGAGUGAAGUUGAAACUGAAAAUGGACGGUGCUAGUGGAUUGAGAUUUUUCAACAUCUCAUUUGGCUGGUCAAGGAAAGAAGAGAUGUUUUGGUUUUUCUGUUGAAUAUUCAACAACAAAUGGAAGUGGCUAAAAGGGUUUGGAUUAUUACGUCUUGUUAUCAAAACGGCUUGUGUGUGUAUCCGGCAUAUAAUUAUUGUUCCGGAAACAUUUCUGACACACACACUUUCGGACACAUUUAUUAACAGCUCAGGCAGGUUGGCUUCCUGCCCACGACAUUCAUCAUUUUGUUGGUACUAAUGGUGCACAUAGGGACCACUGUUCUUCCUCCUACGGAAACUUCUUAUUAGUUACUGCAGCCAGAUUGAAGUGAUGAUCAUUAGCUGUCAAAAUGUCAACUAACUUGAAAGAAUGCAUGAAAGAAGUUGAAAAGUGCCCGAGCUACUGAUCACUUCACUAUUUGUACUCGGCUCAUACUUGGUACUAUCCGUCUACUGCACACACAAACAACUCCUGAAGUGGUAUGUUUACUACCUUCGGUGUAAUCAUGCAGCCUCCCCUUAACGCAUUUAUGAUAUUCAGAACUCUUGUUGAUCUUGUUUUGUUGUCUUGUGUUUUUGUUAGCUCACGAUAUUUAUUAGGAGUAUACUGGACCGGAAAAAACGUCUAAGCUUUGGAGUUACUCUCUGGUUCAUAUUAAGUAUGGACUGGAGGAAAAACAAACUGUCGUGAACAUCGCGAAAUAUCAGACUUUUACUUUAACAUGAGUAAGUUAAACAUACAAUAUUUCUGAGAUUAAUUCCUAUGUUAUUUAUAAAUUUGUGUUACCUUAAGUUGUUUUACAAUAUUACAGUUGCAUUGUUUAAAUAUGACAUUUUCAUUUGCACCGUUGACUUUGUAACUACUCACCAUGAGUGUACCGGUGCAUUCAACGGUGUUGUGUUUUUGUGUGGCGGUGUCGCACGAAUAGCACCUGAACUCGUGCUAAUCACAAUACUCGUGCACAACAUGUUUAUUUGGGCGGUAAAAUAAUAGUAUGAAAGGCCUUCAGACUAAAGUUAGAACUAAAACUAGUUAAAAUGUGAAAUAAAAGGAGUUAGAAUUUAAAAAAGUUAAAAAGUGAAUUAAAAGGAGUUAAAAACAUAAUUCAAAAGGUUAAUAACAUUGUACUAUUGUAACAUUGGACUAUCAAUUGUAAGUUGGAUUUGUGACAAAUUGUUGGAUUAUUGCCCAGUGACACUAAACCGGGUUUAUGUUUUACUUUUUGCUACUGAGGUUGUUUCUGUAGCUUUUUGCAUAAAUAUUAUAAUAUUUAGAAUGUGUUAACAUCUGAAAAUAAAUUCAUUAUUUACUGUUAACUAUUUAGGAAAUUAACUGUGAAUUGUUAUUGGAAUUAAAAUAGUUAAUACUGUAUAAAUAAAGAAAGAAACAGUG